GCGCGGGAGCGGGGCGCGCGCCUAAGCUGGCGGGACCGUUAGCUCUAGGCGGACGCGGACGGGCCCCGCGGGGAUGGAACAGCCGCUGACGCUGGCGCCCGAGCCGGCCUCGGCGCGGAGCCGCAGGCGGCGGGAGCCCGAGUCUCCGCCGGCGCCGAUCCCUCUCUUUGGUGCUAAGACUAUUGCCCAGAGAAGUCCUGAUGAACCAGCACUGAGCAAAGCUGAAUUUGUUGAGAAAGUCCGUCAGAGUAACCAGGCCUGUCAUGAUGGAGACUUCCACACAGCUAUUGUUUUGUAUAAUGAAGCCCUGGCAGUUGACCCUCAGAACUGCAUUUUAUAUAGCAAUAGAUCUGCAGCCUACAUGAAAACCCAGCAGUACCACAAGGCAUUGGAUGAUGCAAUCAAAGCCCGACUCCUCAAUCCCAAAUGGCCAAAGGACAGUCAGAGCAUUGCUUGCUUUUAUGUUUUCCAGAGCAGCCUUAUGUCUGAGUGGGAGCAAGGGUCCAGUGAAGAUGGGCAGCAGGACAUCUACCCUCCCUGUUGA